AUGCCGAAGCUGGUCUAUCCGCGCAUCAUCCUUCCUAAUCAGAGGUCUGCCUCAGCGCGAUCUUUUAGGUCGGUUUCGCGACAGCAGCUUGCACAGCCUCGCCAUGGCCUUCUCAACGAGUCAUGGCUUCCGCCAGCAUCAGUCUCCCCGCUUCCGACUACAUAUUUCAGCCCGAGCCGUGUACGCCGUGAACUAGACGGAGGAGAUGGAGUUCCUCCGAGAAACGACCAUAAGCCACCCGAUGAGAGGACCUUGAAACUCGGAAAGAGUGAGCAUGCUGCUUUCACUGUUCACAUCUGUUCGACUAACAUGAUUAAAGCAUUACGGACCCUAUCACCCCUACUCCCGACCCUCUUGUACAAUACCCUUCCCACUGAAAUCCUCGCCCCGAGUGUGAACCUCCACCUCUUCCCAUCCACGCAUCCACACCUUCCAACAGUCAAAGGACGCACACUAUACCGCGCAGCACUAUGGACAGUCCCAGUCGCGUGGAGUAGCGUUCCCUUGGUCGGAAACGUGAGGCUGCAAAUCCUUAGUGAAAGGAUCGUGCGCUCAGGCACACUACUCGAUCCAUUGCGCAACGGUGAACACCACGACUGCGGCGAUGAACGCCUAAUAGUCCGCUGGAAGACUGAGCCUCGGACAGAUAGCGGGCCUUUUCACAGCCCCUCUACUUCGUCAAAGGCGAGCUCGACCGCAGCUCAAAAUGCUGCUUCGUUACAGGAGAGCCAUCUAUCAGCCUCGACAAAGAGUACCAACAAAGGCCUGAGUGUGCUCCUCGGAGGCGAAGAGCCCAUAUUUAAGCUCUCAAAAGAGGAGCAAUUUACUGGUCUGUUCAUCUUCUCUUUCGACGAAGAAGGUCGCAUCUUGACUCAUACUAUUGAGCACGCCGAUGAAGCAGACGGCUGGGAACGGACUGCAAAGUUCGUCACUUUGACAGACUGGCUUAUUGGCAAAGCGCGAGGCUCAUUGGAUCCAGUCGCAAACCCUGGGCUGGCCAUGGAGUCUUGUCAGGGUCAUGAAUUUGAUUCGAGUGAUCACCGUCGAUCAUAA